CAUGGCGCUGACAGGUUACUAACAGAACGGUGGGAUUUCCUUUUAAUAAAGGAUAUUUAUAUGUUUCGUGACAGUACAUGAUUACCAGUCUUUGCCGAAUAGAAAUCAAAGACCCGUUUCUGUCCACGGGACAGCACCAUCUAUACGAUUUCCUCACGUCAUGUAUGAGAGUAAAACGAAAAACAUGUUUCUAACCCGAGCACUGGAGAAGAUUUUAGCCGAUAAGGAGGUGAAAAAAGCUCACCAUUCCCAGUUGCGCAAAGCCUGUGAGGUGGCAUUAGAGGAAAUUAAAGAAGAAGUUAAGAAAUUGAGCCCCCCGCCUGGAGACACCCAGGCAGAUUCUAGUGCUCUCCCACCCGUUAAAUCCAAGGAAAACUUUAUCGAAGCCGACAAAUACUUCUUGCCAUUCGAGCUAGCCUGCCAGUCCAAAUGCCCACGCAUCGUCAUCACGUCUCUGGAUUGUUUACAGAAACUCAUAGCCUAUGGCCACCUCACGGGGAACGCCCCGGACAACACCACGCCAGGGAAGAGAUUGAUAGACAGAAUCAUUGAGACGAUAUGCGGCUGCUUUCAAGGACCCCAGACCGACGAGGGCGUUCAGCUGCAGAUCAUAAAGGCCCUGUUGACGGCGGUGACCUCCCAGCACAUAGAGAUCCACGAGGGCACCGUCCUGCAGCCCGUCAGGACCUGCUACAACAUCUACCUGGCCAGCAAGAACCUGAUCAACCAGACCACUGCCAAGGCCACUCUCACCCAGAUGCUCAACGUCAUCUUCGCUCGCAUGGAGAACCAGGCCCUCCAGGAGGCCAAGCAGAUGGAGAAAGAUCGUCUGAGGCAGCAGCAGCAGCAGCAGUCUCCAGGCAGCCACCAGGACCUCUCUGCCUCCCCACAGCCACAGCACACCGCCCUCACCCCGACCCCCGCCCUCACCCCGAGCACCACCGCCGCCCCUCCUGAGGAGGCCAGCCAGGUGCCUGAGCAGAACCUUCCCGAGGACCCGGAGCCAGAAAACGGCUCCGUGUUCUGCAGAGUGGAGAACGAGCAGACAGAGGCUGACCAGGCCACGGCUGCUGCACAGUGUUGUAUGAGGCAAGAGGCUUCGGGAGAGGGCGAGGACGACACGGUCAACUACGAGGAGCAGGCUCAGGAGAUAGUCCAGAACAUUCUCCAGGAGGUGGUCAACACAGUGGUCAGAGAUAGUAGAGAGCCCAGCAGCACCAGUGAGUGUGCAGAAGAGCUCCCUGCAGAGGAGGAGGCAGGCCUGGGCAGUGACACUGAGAACGUCCACACCAACGGCAUCCCUGGCACCCCCAUAUCUGCAGGCUUCACCCCCUCCCUGACAGACGAUAGGCUCUCUGUCUCCUCUAACGACACGCAGGAGUCUGGGGGGACGAGUGGCUCCUCCCCUGUAGCUAAGUUCUCCCACAUCCUCCAGAAGGACGCCUUCCUGGUGUUCCGCUCCCUCUGCAAACUCUCCAUGAAGCCCCUUUCUGAUGGACCCCCAGAUCCCAAGUCCCAUGAGCUGCGUUCCAAGGUGCUGUCCCUGCAGCUGCUGAUGUCCAUCCUGCAGAACGCCGGGCCCAUCUUCAAGACCAACGAGAUGUUCAUCAACGCCAUCAAGCAGUACCUGUGUGUGGCGCUGUCCAAGAACGGGGUGUCCUCCGUGCCGGAGGUCUUUGAGCUCUCCCUCUCCAUCUUCCUCACCCUGCUGUCCCACUUCAAGACACACCUCAAGAUGCAGAUUGAGGUGUUUUUCAAAGAGAUUUUCCUCUACAUCUUGGAGACGUCCACCAGUUCCUUUGAUCACAAGUGGAUGGUCAUUCAGAGCCUGACCCGGAUAUGUGCAGAUGCCCAGAGUGUGGUCGAUAUCUAUGUCAACUACGACUGUGACCUGAACGCUGCUAACAUCUUCGAGAGGCUCGUCAACGACCUGUCCAAGAUCGCCCAGGGCCGGGCGGGCCACGAGCUGGGCACCACGCCUGCUCAGGAGCUGAGCUUGAGAAAGAAGGGUCUGGAGUGUCUAGUAUCCAUCCUCAAGUGUAUGGUGGAGUGGAGCAAGGACCAGUACGUCAACCCCAACUCACAGACCAGCCUGGGCCAGGAGAAGCCUGUGGAGCAGGAGCCCAGUGAGCCCAAAGCCCCGGAGAGCAUCAACCGCUAUGGCAGCCUCAACUCCCUGGACUCCACCUCGUCCUCUGGCAUCGGCAGCUACUCCACGCUCAUGUCCGGGACCGACAACCCCGAGCAGUUUGAGGUGCUCAAGCAGCAGAAGGAGAUCAUCGAGCAAGGCAUCGACCUCUUUAACAAGAAGCCAAAGAGGGGGAUCCAAUACCUGCAGGAGCAAGGCAUGCUGGGAACGACGCCGGAGGACUUGGCUCAGUUCCUUCACCAGGAAGAAAGGCUGGACUCUACCCAAGUGGGGGAGUUCCUGGGGGACAACGAGCGCUUCAACAAGGAGGUGAUGUACGCCUACGUGGACCAGAUGGACUUCCAGGGGAAGGACUUUGUCUCGGCGCUGCGCAUCUUCCUGGAGGGCUUCCGUCUACCGGGAGAGGCCCAGAAGAUCGACAGGCUCAUGGAGAAGUUUGCUGCUAGAUACCUUGAGUGUAACCAAGGACAAACCUUGUUUGCGAGUGCAGACACGGCCUACGUCCUGGCGUACUCCAUCAUCAUGUUGACCACGGACCUCCACAGCCCCCAGGUGAAAAACAAGAUGACGAAGGAGCAGUACAUCAAGAUGAACCGCGGGAUCAACGACAGCAAGGACCUGCCUGAGGAGUACCUGUCAGCCAUCUACGACGAGAUAGCAGGGAAGAAGAUCGCCAUGAAGGAAACGAAGGAACUGACCCUCAAAUCAAGCAAACAUAGCGUGGCCAGUGAGAAGCAGCGCAGGCUGCUCUACAACGUGGAGAUGGAGCAGAUGGCCAAGACAGCCAAGGCCCUGAUGGAGGCAGUCAGCCACGUCCAGGCCCCCUUCACCUCCGCCACGCACCUCGACCACGUCAGGCCCAUGUUCAAGCUGGCGUGGACGCCCUUCCUGGCAGCGUUCAGCGUGGGCCUGCAGGACUGUGACGACACCGAGGUGGCUUCCCUGUGUCUGGAGGGCAUCCGCUGUGCCAUCAGGAUAGCCUGCAUCUUCUCCAUCCAGCUGGAGCGGGACGCGUACGUGCAGGCCCUGGCCAGGUUCACCCUGCUCACCGCCAGCUCGGGCAUCACUGAGAUGAAGCAGAAGAACAUCGACACCAUCAAGACCCUCAUCACCGUGGCCCACACCGACGGCAACUACCUGGGCAACUCCUGGCACGAGAUCCUGAAGUGUAUCAGCCAGCUGGAGCUGGCCCAGCUGAUUGGCACCGGGGUGAAGGCGCGCUACAUCUCGGGCACGGGCACGGGGCGCGGCACCAAGGAGGGGCUCCUGGCCAGCCUGAGGGAGCAGAGCAGCGACGAGUACCUCGGCAUCGGUGGUAAUGUGGACCGUAAGCAGAUAGCCAGCAUUCAGGAGUCUAUUGGAGAGACCAGCUCCCAGAGUGUUGUGGUGGCUGUAGACAGGAUUUUUACAGGCUCCACCAGACUGGAUGGCAACGCAGUAGUGGACUUUGUCCGCUGGCUGUGUGCUGUAUCGAUGGACGAGCUGGCCUCUCCCACCCACCCGCGCAUGUUCAGCCUGCAGAAGAUCGUGGAGAUCUCCUACUACAACAUGGGCCGCAUCCGCCUGCAGUGGUCCAGGAUCUGGGAGGUCAUCGGGGACCACUUCAACAAGGUUGGAUGCUACUCCAACGAGGAUGUGGCUAUCUUCGCCGUGGACUCCUUAAGGCAGCUGUCCAUGAAGUUCUUGGAGAAGGGAGAGCUGGCGAACUUCCGCUUCCAGAAGGACUUCCUGAGGCCUUUCGAACACAUCAUGAAGAAGAACAGGUCUCCCACCAUCAGAGACAUGGUGGUGAGGUGUAUCGCCCAGAUGGUCAACUCCCAGGCUGCCAACAUCCGCUCUGGAUGGAAGAACAUCUUCUCGGUGUUCCACCUGGCAGCGUCCGAUCAGGACGAGAGCAUCGUGGAGCUGGCCUUCCAGACCAGUGGCCACAUCGUCACGAAUGUGUUUGAGAAGCAUUUCCCGGCCACCAUUGACUCCUUCCAGGAUGCGGUCAAGUGUCUGUCAGAGUUUGCCUGCAACGCCUCCUUCCCCGACACCAGCAUGGAGGCCAUCCGCCUGAUCCGCCACUGUGCCAAAUAUGUGUCUGAGAGGCCCCAGGCCUUCAAGGACUACACCAGCGAUGACAUGAAUGUAGCGCCCGAGGACCGGGUGUGGGUACGAGGCUGGUUCCCCAUCCUGUUUGAGCUCUCCUGCAUCAUCAACAGGUGCAAGCUGGACGUCAGGACCAGGGGCUUGACAGUGAUGUUUGAGAUUAUGAAGACCUACGGACACACCUUUGAGAAGCACUGGUGGCAGGAUCUGUUCCGGAUCAUCUUCAGGAUCUUUGACAACAUGAAACUGCCUGAGCAACAAACUGAGAAAGCAGAAUGGAUGACGACCACCUGCAACCAUGCACUUUACGCCAUCUGUGAUGUCUUCACCCAGUACUUUGAGUCUCUCAGUGACAUUCUCCUACAAGAUAUCCUCUCCCAGCUCUACUGGUGUGUGCAACAAGAUAACGAGCAGCUGGCUCGCUCAGGGACCAACUGCCUGGAGAACGUGGUCAUCUUAAAUGGGGAGAAGUUCAGCCCAGAGAUUUGGGACAAGACCUGCAACUGUAUGCUGGACAUUUUCAAGACCACCAUCCCACAUGCGUUGCUGGCAUGGAGACCAACAGUGACCGAGGGAGAGCCCAUGGUGCCCUUUGACUUGGACUCCAUUUCCCAGAAGUCUUUGGACAUCCAGAGUCGGGCUGAGGAUCAGCAGUCUGUGGGCAGCGGUGACCGGAUCUCCCAGGACAACCAGAGACAGAGGACAUACAGUGGCUCCUCGGGCACGUACGAGGACGGCCCCAGAGCCAGGACCCCGGCCAGGAUCCAAGAGCAGCGGUUCUUCUCAGCCCUGCUCAUCAAGUGUGUGGUGCAGCUGGAGCUGAUCCAGACCAUCGACAACAUCGUCUUCUUCCCCGCCACCAGCAGGAAGGAGGACGCCGAGAACCUGGCUGCUGCUCAGAGAGACGGUGUGGAUGCGGACGUGCGUGCCGAGGGCCAGGACCAGGACCAGGGCAUGUACCGCUACCUGGCCUCGGAGCAGCUGUUCAAGCUGCUGGACUGUCUGCUGGAGUCCCACCACUUUGCCAAGGCCUUCAACUCCAACAACGAGCAGAGGACCGUGCUGUGGAAGGCUGGUUUCAAGGGGAAGUCAAAGCCCAACUUGUUGAAGCAGGAGACCACCAGUCUGGCCUGCAGCCUCCGCGUCCUCUUCCGGAUGUACGCAGACGAGAGCCGCAAGGCAGCCUGGGAGCACGUGCAGAGACGACUGCUCAAUGUGUGUGGUGAAGCACUCGCCUACUUCCUGACACUGACCUCAGAGAGCCACAGGGAGGCUUGGACCAACCUCCUCCUCCUCUUCCUCACCAAGGUGGUCAAGCUGGGCGACGACCGGUUCAAAGCCCACGCGUCCAGAUACUACCCCCUCCUCUGUGAGAUCAUGCAGUUUGACCUGAUACCCGAGUUGCGAGCAGUGCUGCGCAAGUUCUUCCUUCGCAUCGGGAACGCCUUUGAUAUCUCCCUGCUGCCCCCUGAGGAGACGAUUGGCUCCGGUAGCCAGUGACAAUAGUAUUGGUGGAACCUCGACCAAUCACAAAGGACCCAGGCUCUGCAGUGCCUCAGUGUAGAAGGGAGGGGGAGGGGGAGUGGAUGAGGUCUCUCAUAUUUCCAGGCUUCUCCCUCAAACCUCAACCUACCAAUGUGAACUCUGGCCUUUCUGAGGGCAUGGAGGUACUCUUGUUGCCAACAAGGGGCUCAUUCAAUCAUUCAAAAAUAUUAUGGAAGAAUCAUGGAGUCUAUAAAAGUGGAAUAUCAAAUGGAAUGUUUAAUUGGGUGAAUUGUCCCUUUGGGGUGUUGGCUUGGAGAUCGAGCACUCAAAAAAGGUACUGGAAACAUUUCCCCUUGACCCCUGCUGGCUACACACACGUACACAUACAUGCACAGUCACAGACACCGAGAAAUACUGAUUGAAUGAGAUUAAUGUUGAAGCCUGUGGCAUUGACUAAAGCACUGAAUAAAUAAAUGGCUCUGCCUUCCUCGUAAAGCAUACAAAUACUCAAUGAAAUCAUACUGAGGAUUAUUAUAACAAUGCAAUUAUAACGGUUGUUUUCAUCUCUGCUUCAACACUUCUGUGGGUGCAUUCCUUUUUGGGAUCUUUUGGCCUCCUUUUCAAGUAAGGAAUGAAGGGGUUAAGGAAAAAGGGAUGUGAAACGAGCUGACUUUCUUUUGCACAGCCAAGAGGUCUUGAAAGGACCUGCAGCCCUCAACUGACACCAGGCAGAGCAACAGUAGCUUUGUGUUAUUGUAAGAUAUUAACAUCGGUCUUAAGUGUUUGUCUUCUCAGUACAAAACACUCACCAUUUUCUAACCUUAUUAACACUGACAUUUCUCACCGAGGUUCACCAUGGCUUUGAUUAGUUUUUAGGUUUGCGAUAAUGACACUAAUGUAUGUAAGUGAGUCAACAAUAUUCCAUUUUAUAUGUAUAGUGUUUUAUUUAAAUUAUAACAUUUUGAUUUUGCCCGAUUCCACUCAAAAUGUCAUUACCCCUCUCUUCCCAAAUGUGACACGAUCAUGCUGGAUAAAGAGGUCUGAUGUUUGACUAAUAGUUGAUGUUUUGGAAAUGUAGGCCACAUGAUGUGUUUGAUGAAAUGUACUGUAUGGAAGAGCAACGUCUGGGAAGACGUGUCUUGGGAGACUGGUGACAUUGGGAAACAAGGUUUACAUAAUGUCACAAAUGGUUGUUUCUUUUGUCACACAGUCAUCUGGAACAUUGUCAUGAGUCAAUAAAGAUUUUGAAUUAUUUCA